ACGGCCCAGCCCGGCCCAGCCCGGCCCGGCCCCGCCAUGAAGGCCGUAGUGCAGCGCGUCACCCGAGCCGGCGUCACAGUUGGCGAGGAGCAAGUAAGUUCCAUUGGACGGGGCAUCUGUGUGUUGCUGGGAAUUUCUCUGGAGGAUACACAGAAAGAGCUGGAGCACAUGGUUCGGAAGAUUUUAAACCUGCGGGUGUUUGAGGACGAGAGCGGGAAGCCCUGGUCGAAAAGCGUGAUGGACAAAGAGUACGAGGUUCUGUGCGUCAGCCAGUUCACUCUCCAGUGCAUCCUGAAAGGGAACAAGCCGGACUAUCACAUGGCCAUGCCCAGCGAGCAAGCCAAGGCUUUCUACGGCAACUUUUUGGAGCAGCUUCGGAAGGCCUACAAACCGGAGCUCAUCAAAGAUGGCCGGUUCGGAGCCUACAUGCAGCUGCACAUCCAGAACGACGGGCCGGUGACCAUAGAGCUGGAAUCCCCGGCGGUGACCACCGCGGACCCUAAGCAGCCGUCCAAGCUGGAGAAACCACAGCAGAGGAAAGAGAAGACCAGAGCGAAGGGACCGUCUGAAUCAAGUAAAGAGAGAAAUGUCCCUCGCAGCAAGGACGACCCAAGUGCCAGCAGUGGGGCCGAGGGCGAUGUGUCUUCCGAAAGGGAGCCUUAAAUUGAGAAAACGCAAGCCUCAGCCCUGAAUCCUGCAAAUUCACGGAUGACUCACCAGACCGUCCUCUCCGAAAUACGGUGUAAGGGACUGGGAAUAGGAAAACGAGAAGAGGCGGACUCCCCAAAUAGGAAUCCACAUCACCCUGCAGAAGAGCCAACCAAAGGACCGUUUCCAUUUUCUGUUGUCGUUGUGCCUAAUAGUGAAAGUGAGUUCCGCGUUUGAUUUCACCCGGCCCUGGGAUGAGAGACGAUCGUCUUGCUCACUGAACCGGGUGACGGGGCCCACGCUUUCAAAACCUUUCUGUUGAUUUCAAAUACCGUCGGUUGUGAAUUUAGAGGGCGGCGGCGUUAUUUGUAUUUGGGUUGUCAUUGUGCGCCGGGGUGUGUUUGUGUGCCAGUAGCAGUGUGUCUCAAACCAUGAACACAGUACCGUUCAGGGUAUACACGAGGCCAGAUUGGCCCGUCGUGUCUGUUAAGGGAUCGAUAAAAAAAGAACGGACAUCUUACGUGA